AGCGCCCCUCAGACCCGGUGCAGCGCCCUCAGCCCCGCGGCUCGUCCCUGCCGCCCCACUGUAUGAGCGCUGCUCCGAGCACAGGGCGGCUCGGCGCCUGCUAGGGCUGCUCUCCGCCGCCCCCCGGACUUCCCCAGCACCGACGAGGAGCGGCGCGCACCCCGCACCCGGAGAGUUGUCUCGGCAGGCUCCGUGCUAUGGCGAGGCUGCGGAGGAGCAAACUAGCCGCCGGAUUUCUAUUACUUUUCCAGUGCCUGAGCGAGCGCUGCCAGCUCGCCGGCGGGGAGACGCCGAGGCAGAGCCGCGGUGUGUUUUAUGAAGUUGUUCAGAGCUUCCCUCGAGUGGAGGAAAAUGUGGAGGUGGAUUCAUUUGUAAGCAGCCACAGGUGGAGAAGGCACUCAGAGUCCCUCAAAUCCGUGGACACCAACAGAGCCAGCAUGGGGCAGGACUCCUUGGAGCCAGGGGGUUUCACAGACCUGCUGCUUGAAGAGGGCCAUGACAACACUACGCAGAUUGAGGAGGAUACAGAUCAUAAUUAUUAUACAUCAAGGACGUAUGGCCCCUAUGAUUCUACCAGCCGGGAUUUGUGGGUCAAUAUAGACCAAAUGGAGAAGGACAAAGUAAAGAUUCAUGGGAUCCUUUCCAAUACCCAUCGUCAAGCAGCAAGAGUGAAUCUGUCCUUUGAUUUUCCAUUUUACGGACAUUUUCUACGUGAAAUUACUGUGGCAACUGGAGGUUUCAUAUAUACUGGAGAAGUUGUGCAUCGAAUGUUAACAGCUACUCAAUAUAUUGCACCCUUAAUGGCAAAUUUUGACCCCAGUGUGUCAAGAAAUUCAACAGUCAGAUACUUUGAUAAUGGCACAGCACUAGUUGUCCAGUGGGACCAUGUACAUCUGCAGGAUAAUUACAACCUGGGGAGUUUCACUUUUCAGGCCACCCUUCUCAAUGAUGGGCGUAUCAUUUUCGGCUACAAAGAAAUUCCUGUCGCUGUGACACAGAUAAGUUCAACCAACCACCCAGUGAAAGUGGGACUUUCAGAUGCAUUUGUGGUCGUUCACAGGAUCCAGCAAAUUCCCAAUGUCCGCAGAAGAACAAUUUAUGAAUACCACAGGGUGGAGCUACAGAUGUCAAAGAUUACCAAUCUCUCAGCUGUUGAAAUGAUACCACUUCCAACUUGUCUCCAGUUUACUAGCUGUGGUCCCUGUGUCACCGCCCAGAUUGGUUUCAACUGCAGCUGGUGCAGUAAACUCCAAAGAUGCUCCAGUGGAUUUGAUCGUCACCGGCAAGAUUGGGUAGACAGUGGCUGCCCUGAAGAGUCAAAGGAUAAGAUUUGUGAGAGGAAUAUAGACACAACUGAAACACCUCUGUACUCCACCACCACCCUUCUGCCAACCACCACAAGGUUCAGAGUUUUAACAACCACCAGAGGAUCCACCACUUCCCACCUUCCAACCAGCCUGCCCACAGAAGAUGACACCAAGAUAGCACUGCACCUAAAAGAUAAUGGAGCUUCAACAGACGACAGCGCGGCGGAGAAGAAAGGUGGAACGCUUCACGCCGGGUUAAUUGUGGGCAUCCUGGUCCUGGUCCUCGUUGUGGCUGCAGCCAUCCUCGUGACUGUCUACAUGUAUCAUCAUCCAACAUCAGCAGCUAGUCUCUUCUUUAUAGAGCGACGUCCAAGCAGAUGGCCAGCAAUGAAAUUCAGAAGAGGAUCUGGACAUCCUGCCUAUGCUGAGGUGGAACCAGUGGGAGAAAAAGAAGGGUUCAUCGUAUCAGAGCAGUGCUAAAAUUUCUGGGACAGAGCACCAGUACUGGCCUACAGGUGUAAGACAUUUAUUUUGCCUCUCUUUAAAGAAAAGGAGCCCUAAGCUGCUGUAGCCUGAUAGAAAGAAGAUUCUGGAUAAACUUUGUCCAAGAAGAAAAACUAUCUAAGAUACCAGAUUACUACUGCACAGUAGUUUUUGUUAGUGGACUGAGACACAAUGGUUCAUGCAGAACACUUGUCAGUGGACACCUACAGUAUCAGAGCCAUGGCACAAGAGCCAUGUUAUUUGCUUUAGGUGUGGGGAUGCACAGUAAUCAGAAAUAUAAUAAAGCUUUGGUGUGCAAGGGUGUUGCCCUUUGGUUCAAGUCUUCUUCUCUGUUAUCUCAGACUGAGGAAAAAAUCUGUACCAUUCCAGUGCAAAGGGCAUUGAUCACAGUGUGAUUGAGAAAAGUAUCUUAAGACAGGUAAAGAAGAAGCAAAGGAAUUUUCCAACAUUUAUAUAAGCAGAUGUGAAAUACACUUUUCAAUUCUUAAUCGACCUGCCAACCUGAGUGAGUCAAAAUGUAAAUGCUUUCCAGGAAUAAUACAAUGUUUCUUGUACAUUGCUGAUUACUAGGCUGCUAAACAACUCAUGAUACACAGAUUGGUAAGAACUGAAGACAGCAGAGAAUUUUCAUGAUGGUGGAAUUAUUUCAUGGGAGUUCACAAUGAUGUUUGGCUGAUUUUCGAUUUCAUUGUUCCCUAAAAAGUGAAUUAUCAGGUUUGUAUUAAGGUGUAUUUUUCAUUUCUCAGCAGUAUGUUGAAGUAAAGGCAACAGAUCCUUUUAGCUGCCAGAGAGCUUAUGGACCAUUUCUUAGGCAAUGGGGUAAGAAAAAUAAGAUUUAAAAUAAAUGGGUUUCUAUUCUUUACCAUUUCAUUGUGAGUCCUUACUGAGAAGCACCAUAGACUUCAAUGCACCCCUUUCAGAGAUUCAGAUACAAGUGUUAUUGAACCCUGCUGAUUCAUACAGUGGUUUUGUUUAAUGCACAUAGUAGUUGCAUAAAUAUAUAUAUAAAUAUAUUUUUUUUUAUAGCUAACACAAGGCGGGUUCUUGUGACUGUUAAGACUGCAUUUUUGUCAUCCAGACAAAGGAAAUGAAUUGCAUUACUGCAUAUUUCCACUGAGUUGUAAAAUAAUCCUUAAUAUUAGAAUAUUUUUAUGUUGUGUAGGGAAGGUGGUUCAUAUAGUUGCAGUCCAUAAACUUUCUGCUUAUUGGAACCAUUCUUUCUGUAAAAUUGACCCUUUCCCUCCCUGCCCAGGGAAAGACAACACUAUAAAUUCACACCAUCAAAACCAGUUACUCCUUUCAGGGGAGGGGUUAAUAUACAUGGAGACCCAGAGCUUCCUUGAGGAGUGGAAACCUAAAUGCUUUGAUGAUCUGGGCCUGAGGUAUUGAAAUAUAAAAUUCAGGUACUGCAUGUAUGUUUCAUAGCAGUCAUUUACUAUCAAUUUAUUUACAUACUGUGCAAGGCACUUGAAUGAUUUUUAAGUGAGGCAGACAACAUUUGUGGUUUUGGAUUUUGACCCGUUUAAAAAAGUUGUAGAUACCACCUUAAUAGUACAGUUACUUACAUUUCUUGAUGCUUGUAUGGCCUAAGUUUGAUUACUUAAUGCUGUUAAAAAAAAAAGGAAACAUGAUUUUUGUUAUUUUUUUCAGUAAAUACUACAAUACUGUAUUUUCUGUAUUCUUUUGUUUUGGGUAACACAUUUUUAUUUUCAUCUGGUUUGAAUCAUCUAGCAUGAGAUUGAAACUGUUCAAAAACUAACUGAUAUUAAUCUGAAGGUACUAACAAACACAUUGUUUCAAAGCCUGGUUAAAAACCUGUGGCAAGUAGUCAUUUCCAUUUGUGUGGGUCUGCUGAGCCCUUUUUCUAAUAGGCUGGGUUUAAAUUGCAGGCUUUUAAUUCUGAUAGCAAUAACCAAAUGUAUGCACAUAUAUAUGGUGACACUCAUUUUUAUUAAAUAAAAAGGUAUCAGUGCACAUCA